CUAAGUGGCGCCACUGUUCCAAAACUGUAGUUUUUAUUCGGCUUUCCGUAAAUACAAUUAAGCCUACGUCUAAAAUGGAAACGAACUCGCAAAUUAUGAUGCGCUUUCUGCGUUGUCACAUUUGCUCCAAUACUUUGGAGGACCCCGUGUCUUUAAACUGCAAUCACAGCUUCUGCCAGAGCUGCCUCAAUCAGUACUUAAACCAAGCCGAGUGUCGAGACUGCGCGGUGUGCAGGAGAGAACUUCCCAAAGAAACCCCUGGAAUCAACGUCUCUCUCAAGGAGCUUGCAGAUGCCUUUGCAGGAAGACCACAACUUGAUAAAACCAAAAAACAAGAUGUCGUGUGCCGCAAACAUCCCAAGAAACCGACGUGGUUCUGCGUGGACGAGGGCGUUACAUGGUGUGAAGAGUGUCAACAUCCACUUCAGCACGCUGGACACAAGCUGAAACGUGUGAAAGAGGCGGUGGAGAAAGUGAAGACAAAAUUGCACUGCAGUCUUGAGGUGAUGGAGGCCCAGCUUGACGAGUGUAUCUAUGCAGAUGAAGUGUACAAGGACUUGGUGAAGCAUAUGGCGAGCCAGAGAGCGGCCACUGAGACAAGGAUACGAGAGGAGUUUGAGCAUCUUCAUCAGUUGCUGAGAGAGGAAGAGGAGGCCAGACUCACAGCCGUGAGGGAGGAAGAGGAGGAGAAGAGGAAGAUGAUUGAUCGAGAGCUGGACAUCAUUCAGGGCCAGAUGUUGGCUCUAGAGAAUUCCAUACAACAAGUGGAAAAGGACUUAAAACAGGACGGUCUGUCAUUUCUGAAAGAUUAUAAACGCACAGUAAGCAGAGCCCAGUGCCUCCUGAAGGACCCCCAGGUGCGCUCAGGUGUGCUGAUCGAUGAGGUCAGACACCUGGGCAACCUCAAGUACGAAGUCUGCAACAAGCUGCAGGAGAAAAUGCAGUACACUCCUGUUCUGCUGGACCCCAACACGGCGGCGGGCUGGGUGGCGCUGUCCGAAGACCUGACCAGCGUCAGAUACAUGACACCCAAGCAGGAUCUGCCCGACAACCCGGAGCGCUUCAUGGAACACGCCAUCGUCCUGGGCUCCGAGGGCUUCACCUCGGGAACGCACCGCUGGGAGGUGGACGUUGGGGACCGGGUCAAGUGGGUCAUCGGCGUUGCCCGGGAGACCGUCGACAGGAAGGAGGACUGCUACCUCAAGCCUAAUUUCGGCCUGUGGUCCAUCUGGAAGCACGGGGACGAGUACCAUGCGACGGGCAAGACGCUUCCGGUUCAGAGCGCCCCCAAGAGGAUCACCGUGGAACUGGACUACGAGGGCGGCCACGUGUCCUUCUACGACUCCAGCGUCAUGGUCCUCCUGUUCCGAUACAAGGGCCGCUUCAAGGAGAAGAUGUUUCCUUAUUUUAAUACACAGGUGGACACCAGCGAGUCACCCUUACAGCUGUGUCCAAUCAAGGAGUGCCACGCAGAAAUGAGCAACAUUGAAUAGAGUUCACAAUGUGCCAUUCACUUUACUUGAUAUAGCACUUAAUCACAAUGUGCCAUACACUUUACUUGAUAUAGUUAGCACUUGAUAGGGCUGUGCACAAUUUAUCGAACGAAUCAAUUAAUCUUGAUUAUGACUUCCAACAAUUAUGAAAACAACAUAAUCGAAAUGUAAUAAUAAUUUUGCUAUGUUCAGUUUCAUAACAAUGCUCUCUUUUUGUCUUGAGUUGUCGUGUGCAUGAUCUUUUUACAUGAUUUUUAAACUGUUGGAUUAUAUUUAAAAUUCAAUUUCAAAAUGUUAAUGUAAUUUUUGAAUAUGGAUGAUAGUUCCAGAAUCACAGAGUAAUCACGUUUAAUAAUCGUGAUCUCAAUAUUGAACAAAAUAAUCGUGAUAAUGAUACCAUAUUUGAGCAGACCUAACACUCACAAUCACAAUGUGCCUUACUGUACACUUUACUUUAUUACACUGAUUGCACUGAUUUAAGUUGUCUGUUUUUUUAGUUUGAUGACCAUUUUAUACCGUGAUGUUGCUAUUCAGAGGUUAUGUAGAGCUGAGGUGACUUGAAUUGUAGAGUAUGCAGGCUGGAGUGCAGUUUCCUAUAUCUCAACAGGAUACUCUGAGAAACACGUCCUCAGCUGUUCAGAAUUCCUACUGCACUGUCUAGGAAGGAGUUUUAUGUGUUGAGAAUCCCUAAUGGCUAUUUUGAGAAGCUUAAAGGGAUCCCAACGAGAAGGCGCCAUACUGUAGGAUCUUUAGGGUCUAAGUGUUGCUUUGAGACGUUGAGAUGUUGAGCAAGUCAUAUGUCACCUGCUCACUAUCAGUGCUCCUUGAACUCUAACAGAAAUAGAACGGUAAAAUUAGUAAACAAAAUAUCUCUUCAUGUGGUUGGCCUACUCAAGUUAACCUGAGGGGUUUGCCUAACCGAAAGGGUCUUCCAAGAAGAGGUGUUUAGAAUGUUUGUUGUAAUGACUCAUCAGGACCACUAGGUGGCCCUGUAGCCUAACUGAAGUGAUGAUAAUGUGUACCAAUGUUUGAAGAGUGAUUUGAUGCAGAUAUUACUUGUGACACCGCUUUCACGUCUCCUCUCCUCACGCUCCACUGUGUUCGUACAGAAAUCAAAGACGGUGACACUUUGGCUAUUUUGGCUAUAUUUAACAAUAAAUAUUGUGG